AUGGCAUACGAUGACACUCUUCUGAACCUGAAAGAUGCACAAAUUCUUUUGGUGAAUCUGGAGGCUCAAAAUCUGAAACAGAAGUUUCCUUUGCCCAACGUAGUCUUGUAUGCUACGCACCAGGAGACUAAGCGCCUCUUUGGAUUUGUGCUUAAAACUUCAGGAGGGAGAGUUGACAACCGCCAAACUUCCAUCUGCUAUAUAUUUGAAUCAAAUAACGAACGGGAAAAGAUUUGUGACUCCGUUGGACUGGCAAAACAGAUAGCUUUUCAUGCAGAACUGGAUCAAAAAGCAUCAGAAAAGGCAGAAGAAAUAGAGAGAGUCAAAGAUAAACAACAAAAAGAAUUAAGUAAACAAAAACAAAUCAAAAAGGACUUACAGGAGCAAAGCCGAUUGAUAGCUGCUUCCAGCAGAUCAAACCCAAGUGGGGGAGAAGGACAGUUUGUAGUCCUUAGAAGUAGCCAGUCAGAAGACAGCAAUUUAGGAGAAGAUAGAAAGAAGAAGAGAGAAUCUGAAACCUAAGGUUGCCUACGUAAUCAAAAUUGGAAUCAUGGAUUUAAGUUCUACAAGUAGUGAAAUGUAAGUGGAGGGUCUGUUGUAUUGUAUAAAAGACUUCAUGAUGCAUAGACCCUUAUAUGCCUUGAUUUUUCUUUAUCGAUUGAUUUCCACUUUCAUGUCAGUAUAAUUUCUCUUUUGCAUGCCAGAUAAAGCAUGGUGAUGCUACCAUGUUUAUUACAAAAUUGUUUUCUCAAAAAAUUCUCUGCAGUAUGGAAAAACUCUUAUAUUUUUUUUCCCUUUUACCUGCCUGUGUAAUUGACUGCUUUUGAAACAAGACUUAAACUCUCACUAAUCUUAAACAGUACGGUGAAAUUUGUUCUUUACACAAGUAUGCAGAACACAUUGUUGGAAAGAAAAGUGGAUGUCCAAAUAAGGCAGUGCUAAGCUUUACAUAACUUGUUGCACAUAACUGUUUUUAGAAAGAAAAAUCCCUAUUAAUAUCAAUGAGAUGUGCAAUAGUUCUAAACAGAAAGAUCAUACUUUUUGUUUCAUAUUGCAUGUCUUGAUUUUUUUUCUUUUUUUUUUGUUGAAUAUAAUGCUGGAAGGCUUCUUUGAACAGGAGAGAAAAAAAAUACUUUGUCAGACCUAUAUAAGAGCUGAAAAGAUGCAGUUGCACUUCGCUGCGUGAGGAAUGUAUAAAACAUUCCUUAUCAAACAGUAAGAAUAAUGUAUAUAUUCUUGUAGCAUAAGUGCCAUUUUCUUGGUUUUCCCCACUAUAUGUGAUAAAAAACUGUAAGCCUUUGAGUUCACUUUCUUAUUAAAAAAAAAACAACAUGCUUAGCGUUGCAGGAACAUCUUGAAUUUUAUCAUUUGAAAAAAUCUGAAUCUAUAAAUGCCUUGCUACCAGUACACUACGUUUACUGAAAAUGAGCUAAGGCUUUUAAAGUCUUUUUAUGGAGCUGUAUUUUGCAAACAGAAGUAAAAGCCUAUGCUAGUCUACAUCCUAGAGUCAAAUCCCAUAACGCGUUUUUCAAAGUAAUGUCUCUUUACACCUUGUAAGCCUGAACUCCAUGGUCCAUACCCUGUGUAAUAUUUAUUUUGUAUAAUACUAAAUGUGUAUUCAUCUUUUGAUCCAGAAGAGAAAACUUGUUUGAAGUAAGAAGAAAUAUUUAUUUUUUGCACUAAUUACUGUAAGUACUAAACUCCAAUGAAACAGUUGCCUCUCUAAUAGGGGCCUGAAAGUAACAGGAAAUGUAAAAAGAAAAGAAAAUACUUAUAUUCCAAGUUGUACAAGUUAUGACUGUUUUACAGUUUAUUGCAGGGUGUUUCUGGUGUUCAGGAAUGGAAGCAAUUUUCAGAAUAUUUCCCAUCAGCUGGUGAUGGCCCAGUCCUUCAGAGCUAGAGUCGGUUGGCACUGAUAAAGUAAGUAAGGGAGGAAGCUCAGGACCUCUCUGCUAGACAUCUGUAGGUGCACGGAGGGAACGCUAUCCUUAACUCUCCUCGCACACAGGAGUUGUGGCUAGUAAUGGCAAUCGCCUCCUGCUCUUUCUGCUGGAGAUGAAAAGUUCUAUGCAGAAACUUAACUGCAUCUGACUCCUGUUGCGGAAGAGAGAAAGGAGCAGUGCCUGCUGCAGGAAUAAGUCUGCUGCGCUGGGGCUGCUACUGCAACAGGAGCUAGAGCAGCUCCUGUGAUGCCACAGGCCCCAGAGCAUAUAGAAGGGACUGAGCAGCCAUGGAAGUGGUCACAAUAUUCCUGCCUUGAAAGAGGAGGUGGCGUGGGAGGCUGAGCAACAAAGAGACUUGAGGCUCUCUUACUGAGGUAGUUAGCAGCUCCAGUUCCAGCAUGUUUCAUCCCCACUGUAGCCAGUUGCAGAAGUACCUGCUUUUGGUGUUGCCCAGUCAGGCCCAAUGGCAUCAGUCUGUGGCCAGAUUUGGCCAGCACACUGUCACAUGGACCAUACAAAUCGGAGGCUUUAAAAAAAAAAAAAAAACACAACAACAACAACAAACUUAAAUGUCAUUUUAAUUUUAUUUAUAGUCUUGUAUUCUCAUCUCAUCUGUAAGAGACUGUUUUUAUUCUUUCGAAAAAAAAGUACAGAAAGGCAGCAAAUGCAUCUUUUUUCUCCUUUUUGUGCCUAAAUAUGGGCUUAUAGAUAGUUGCAUGGCAGUCAGUUUCUCUCUGUAAACUGAUCUAGU